CAGAGUCUCCAUGACAUUGAUAACACCCCAAAUAUUUUGUCAAUAUUAUGUUCACAGUUGUCAGUAGUGUAGUUUAAAAUUAAUCAAAUCGGUUCAGUUUCUUGCAAAACUUAACAUGUCAGUGGUAACGUACGAAAAACCCAUUCAACACAUUGGAUUAGCCGACUGGCACGCCAAACAGUGGCAAAACCAACAAACCAAUGACACCCGAAGAACGGACGCCUUUAAUUUACGACACGAGUCGAGACAAUUACGAAAUGAGACUAAUAUUCGGACCGAAUGGGACACUUACCACAACAAUGUGCGUCUAGCUGAUCGCAUUACAGAGCUUGAUAGGUGGAGAGAUGUUCUAACUUGUUGUUUAGAACGAGUCGAUAAAGAAAUCCUCUCUCUAAAAGACGAGAAAUUUUCCACCGAAAGGGAACUUGAUGCUCUUGGAAUACCUCUCGGAGUUGUUGCCGAGUGCAUUUCGAUGAGAGACUGCAGACAAGGAGCGGAGUUAACGUACGACGAUGGAGACACUGAGCUUAAAAGAGAGUUGUGUGUGGUCGAAGGAGUGAAAAAGCUUCUAAUAGAGCGAUGCCAAGCCGCUUGGGAAAAACUGAACAAGCUGGAGGAAGUUCGAUUCAAGUUAAAUUUGGAAUUAAAUGACAAGACAGAGGCUAUUGAAAUUGAUAAGGACCAACUGACUUUGGACAAAAAUUGUGCCAACAUAAGCUUUAAAACGGAUCCGCUACGAAUUGUUAAAAAUUCCAUACCGUAUGAAGCCUGGCUGGAACAUUCCCGCUUCAUCAAAGAACUAGCAGACAACGAACUUGCAGACACUCACAAGCUCCGAGAGGCUCUGUUUGUGGUGAGAGAACGAGCUCGAAAUGAUUUGAGAGCUCAAAGAGACCGAGUGGACUUCACUCUUCGCAAAAGAAUCUACGAAACGCAAAAAGCUCGCAACGAACUUGAAUGGCAACAAUUCAAAAUGCGAGAGGAAAUGGAUAAGCUCCUCAAAGAGAUUAAAACACUCGAAGAUGCGUUAUUGGCAAAAACCGACGCUUUAAAAUUAUGUGAAACUCGUCUAGAAAAUAGAGCUUACCGUCCUGGUUUUGAACUUGCCAGAGAUGAGACUGAAACAGGUCUGAAAAAUGAAGUUACGCAACUGAGGCAAACUAGAAAUGAUCUCAUAAAUAAAAUUAACUGUGCUAAAGCCACGUAUAAUGCUUUGGAGAACCAGCAAGUUAUUAUUGAUACUGAUUUGGAGAACAAGAGCCAUUCGUUAAUGACUGAUAUUAGGUGUCUUGAUAUGAGGAUUCGGUUGAGGACUGGGGAGUUUGCAGGUCCUGGAACUGACACUGAUAGAAAUAUUCAGUUGACGAGGAUGGAACAAGAAAUACCUCCGACGUAAACUUUAAAUAAACGACCUCAGGAUUACUAAAUUACAAGUGGUUCCACGUAGUCUUUUUAGUAACAGUUAUUUGGUGUACUUGUAAUGUGUUUUGGCAAUAAACUUUUUUAUCAACGA